CCUUUAUGUCAAAGCAAAGUGAUUGGAGCAAAUCUCAAGGUAGCAGAAGGGGCUAAUUUCUUGUCGCCUGGUGUCAAUCAGAGGUACCACUCUGGGCCUGGUCUAUUCUCACUCAUCUUCAAGUACUUGAGAUAGAGGAGGCCAGCUGAUCUCAGCCGUGAGCUGCUAAUUUGGCCCUUGAGCCUUGUAGCCUUGGAGACCCAGGAGUUUGAAAACAGAAUGACAACACCCAGAAACUCAGUGAGUGGAUCUUUCCCAACAGACCCUACAAAAGGCCCCCUCGCCAUGCAAUCUGCUCAAAAAGUGAACCUCAGAAGGACAUCUUCACUGGUGGGCCCCACACAAAGCUUCUUCAUGAGGGAGUCAAAGGCUUUGGGGGCUGUCCAAAUCAUGAAUGGCCUCUUCCAUAUUUCCCUGGGGGGACUGCUGAUGAUCCCCACAGGGGUCUUCGCACCUAUCUGUUUGAGCGUAUGGUACCCUCUCUGGGGAGGCAUUAUGUAUAUUAUUUCAGGAUCACUCCUGGCAGCCGCAGCAGAGAAAACCUCCAGGAACAGUUUGGUCAAAGCGAAAGUGAUAAUGAGCUCUCUAAGCCUAUUUGCUGCCAUUUCUGGAAUAAUUCUAUCAAUCAUGGACAUACUUAACAUUACCAUUUCUCAUUUUUUAAAAAUGGGGAGACUGGAACUUAUUAAAACUUCCAAGCUAUAUGUUGAUAUCUAUGACUGUGAACCAUCUAAUUCCUCAGAGAAAGACUCCCCAUCUACACGGUACUGUAACAGCAUGCAGUCUGUGUUCUUGGGCAUUCUGUCGGUGAUGCUGAUCUCUGCCUUCUUCCAGAAGCUCGUGACAGCUGGAGUUGUGGAGAAUGAGUGGAAAAGAAUAUGCUCCAGACCCAAAUCUAAUGUGGUUCUGCUGUCAGCUGGAGAAAAAAAAGAGCAGACGAUUAAAAUGAAAGAAGAAAUCAUUGAGCUAAGUGGAGUAUCUUCCCAACUAAAGAAUGAAGAAGAAAUUGAAAUUAUUCCAGUGCAGGAGGAGGAGGAAGAAGAAGCAGAAAUAAACUUUCCAGCACCUCCCCAAGAGCAGGAAUCCUUGCCAGUGGAAAAUGAGAUUGCUCCUUAAACUCUUUUCUUUUAUAAGCACUAUUGUUUAGAGAGCUUCCAAGAUACAUAGUUAGCCUCAUCUCUUGUGGCUUUCCACAAUCUAUUCUCCAUAUUUCCACAGCUUAUCUUUGCACAGCCACAUCUAGCUCUCCUUCAUAUUUGGAGAAUGUAGUGAUUAUAAAAGAUUGCCUUUUUUUCUUGCUUAGGGAGCCUUACAUUGGCAGAAACGCUGAAGAACCCACUUCUCACUCACCUUUUCCUUGGAUGGGUGUCUCAGUAGUGCUAGUGGGUUUUCCUCCUUUCCUCCAUCAGCAGUUACAGCAGAGGGAAAAGACACAUGAUUGUUCCAUUCAUCUCUGAACUCUAUGACUCCUUCUACAUGUUUAGUAGAGUCCCUUUUGCAUUAUUGUUUUAAGGAAAGAGUAAUAACAGUAAGAGAAAAUGAGACACCUAUACGCCUGUGGGGAAGGCACAAAAUACGGCAUGUUCUUCAAGCUUCUGUGUUCCAUUUGGGAAGCUGUGAAAGGCCUAUUCCUAAGAUGGUCUCUGUACAAAAAGCAUAGCUUAAAAAUGAGCAAGUCUCUGUAUCUUAACUUGGCCCAACUCCAGUUUCUUGGCUUCUGGUUACAUUGUUUAUGUACUUGUAUGUUUUAGUCAAGAGAAGAAAGAAUGGUGGGACAUAAAUGUCAUUAAUGGGUAUCCAGAUCUCAAAUCAUAAGCAACAGCUGUGCUUAUGAGAUGCUUUCCAGAUGAUAGAGUAGUUUAUGAAAUAGUUUUUCAUUUGGUCUUUCAUAACCAUGAAAGCAUUCCUACCACUUUUGCAGUUAAGUUGAAAGAAGCAAGCCAAGGUAUUCUAUAAUAGUUGUGAGGACUUGAGUCAGACUCAGCUCUUCAAAUUCUAGUGAUAUUUGAAAUAACCAAAUUAUCUAUGCCCAUAUGUCUGCAUAAGCUAUGUCAAAGAUCAUAUUCUAUGAGCAAUGUGUUGAGUCACAAAAGAGUCAGAAUUGGAUUUGACACCAUAUGAAUAAAGACACCCAGAAUCUUACAACAUUUGGAAAACUAGUCAUGGCAUUAAUAUGAAAUUAGCUGGUAAGUUAUAAGAUGCCCUAUAAGUACAUCUUAUAUGUACUAUAAAUGACCACAAAAAGAUCAUGCUUAGAAACAACGCAGUUAAAAUACCAAAUCUCAGGCCACCAUACUUUCCCACCCCUGCACAUGUGCAAAGAUGCUAGCACCUCACCUAGAAACACUGUUAGCCUAAGACAAUUUCACCAUAACCUAUCAUUUAAAUACUAUGACCAGUCUGCUUCUAGGCAUGAUGGGUAUUUGAACAACUUAAGUUGCACUCCUUAGAAUAUUUCUAUUUUAUUAGAGGCUACUGGUGGGAGAUAUUUCCUGCUAUUAUAAAGAAAAUGGAAGUAGAAUUUUUCCCCUGUGUGGUUUUCAAAACAAACUCUAAGUAAAUAAAACUUUGUGUCCGUGCCUGUGAUGAAUAAG